GGAAGAGGAGAACAUGGAUUAACGUAUCGCAACUCUUAUUAUCCCCGGGUGCACCCGACUUUACACCGCGGUCCAAAAUAGACCCAUGCAAUUUGCAUUUCCAUGCUCGAAUAAUGUAGCCCAUCCUAAAAAAAAAAACAGUGCUGUUUGACCGUCCUUUGUGAAGACUGGGGGUGGUUGUCCCGGACUAACGUUAGUGGGUUAGUCGCAGCGUCGGGCCACCCCGGCCAUCUGUGGAAGUGGGACAUGGGAACAGAUGGCGCAUCCGAGCCGGCCUGCAGGGCUGCUGACGCGGUCUGUUAAGACAGCACAGAAGAUGAGUGUCGGUGAAUAAAACAAAAGGUUGUCGUUAGCUGUUGCUCGGGUUAUUGCACCAUGCCAGAGUGACUUGGAUACGAGUGCGCGUGACAGAAAGCAAUACAAGAUUGACCACAUUGACGAGUGACGACGACUCGACCACCGGCAUCAACGUAAUCCCUUUGGACGCGUCUCUGGCUCAGUGAACAAUGGUCGACAACCGCUACGCUACAGCUCUGGUCAUCGCCUGUGUGCUGAGCAUACUGGCCACCGUGUAUCUAUCGGUGGCCGUCGGGACGCAGCACUGGUACCAGUACAGCAGCCCCACCGUGCGCGGAGAGGCCAACGUGUCCGAGCUGCGCUCACUGUACGAGGAGUUCAUGGACGGGGAGUUUGAUGAGAAAACCUACAGCGACACCUUAUUCCGCCUCAACGGGACUGUGGGCCUCUGGUGGCGUUGCGUGCUCGUUCCUACCAACGCUCACUGGCACAAAGAGCGAGAUGCCAAGAUGAUGCUGGAGUGCCGAAGCUUCACUCUAUCUCAGCAGUUCACUCCCAAGUAUAAAGAACCAGGCAACCACAACAGUGGAGAGGACAUGCUGCGCACCUAUUUGUGGAGGAGCCAGUUUCUGCUCCCACUGGUGUCUUUGGGUCUGGUGGUGUUGGCAGGCCUGACUGGGUUCUGUGCUUGCCUCUGCCGAAGCCUCUCCCCAACACUCGGCAUUGGAAUACUUCACCUGCUGGCUGGCCUCUGCACCUUAGCCACUGUGUGCUGCUACCUGGCUGGGAUGGACCUGCUCCACAGGGUGUCGAUGCUGCCUGAUAAGGUGGAUGGCUCUCUGGGCUGGUCCCUCUACUUGGCCCUCAUUUCCUCGCCGCUCCACAUGAUGGCAGCUGCUCUGCUUGUGUGGGCGGCACGUAGUCACAGUCAAAACUACUACCGCAUGAGCGCCUACCGGGUGGCAUAGGCUGAGCUCUGCCCUGUUUAGAUGUACACCUUCCUCUGUCACCAAGACACGUUUUUUAAUGAUCUCUGAGGAACGGGGAUGUUGGUUAAUCUGUACAGUUUUGCCCUCGGGUGGAGUAAGUGCAUGUAGUUAUGAUCCUAUCUGCUGCAUUAAAAUAUCCAAUUUCUAUCUCUCUACGGGGUACAGAAUUGGUUUGAAAAAGGUCAACCAGAAAGAUGUGUAUUGCGCAACAUAUGUUUGCGAAAGAGUAACUUAACAUCAAGCUGGAAAGCAUUAGCUGUGUCCCAGUUCCUUUUUAUAUGUAGUGCUUUCAGUGAAAACGAUGAUAUGGUAAACACAGUACUCGCCAAAGGGAUUUCUGACAUUUAGGAAUGCAGCAACAUCGCUUAAAAAGUCAUUUUGACGGGACAAGAAACAUGAGCAGUAUAGUUUAAAAGCCACUGGUUAACUGUUGACAUCAAAAACAUGUCAUCAAAUUGGUGACUCUUUUUAAUUGUUUUUUCAGAAGUUAAAAAAUAUUUUAAGACGCAUCUCUUCAAUUGGUACAACGACUACUUGUAGCAAUGUUUACGCUGCUAUGACAUGUCAAAAUGGUUGCUGUGAAAAGGGCCUAUUAUAUACAGUUAUAUACACUUAAGAUAUACUAGAAACAGUUUUGCGUGUGGAAUUGGGAGACCGCGUUUGUUCCACAGACAUUUUGCGGUUGACCUUUUCAAGUCUAUUGCAUCUCUGUUCACACCUAAGAUUCCCAGAUGGGUGUGUUGGCAUUUCAACCCUUUGUUGCAUUCGUACAAACACCUUGCAGCACAGGUUGUACUGGACACACCCUGAGUGUGUUGUCUGGUGCUGCAUCAAAACGCAGCAACAAGAUUUAGUAGGAAAGGUGUGCUAUUAUCGUAAGAGACGACUAGACUAUUGUGUAUAUAUUGUUCUGUUAUUACAAAAAGACUUUACUUAAAUGGCAUUUAUUUAUUCAUGUCCAUUAUUACAGUCAGAUUGUGUUUCAAUGAAUUAUGUUCUGUUUUUCAAGCAUUUCUUUUUACAUUUUGACUGAUUUUGUAGGCGAAAGAUCAAAAGAUGUUUCAACAAAGUAGCGUUUGUUUUCAGCAUUUCAUGUUUUCUUGUCGCCCUUUGCUCUUAUAAUUGGUUUCCUUUUGUGAAUUACGUUGUUUGUUGUUAUGUAUUUGAUUUAUAUUUGUUUGUUUAUUUUUUGUUAAUUUGCUACCACCAUUUCAAUUCAACAGGAUUUCAGGGAAACAGUGUUUCCCUGUUAAGCAUUAAGAAUGUAAAUUAAAGUCCAUAUUGUGAUAAACGACAGUAUUACUUUGCAUUUAGAUUAUUUUUAACAAAUCCUGAAUAAUAUUGCUGGAGUGGUCAGUUGUGAAUUUCUAUUUUUUGAAGAAGUAUCCUAAAAAGAUAUUAUUUUAGAAAAGAAACAUUAUCCUAAAAACUAUGAUAUAUGUUUGCAGAUAUAUAAAUGAAUUAUAAAUUUAAAAAACUAAAGAAUGUCUGUGAAAUGAAAUGUGUGGUCUGAUGGGUCUCAUCAGUCAGAUUGUAUCUUGCAUAUUCAACCCUAUAAUUCAAGAAAUUGUUCCAUCACUGAAUUCCCUGUAGUGUAAAUAUGAAAUCCAUUAUCCACGUACGCCUGUGCUUUGUUGUGAAUGUACAGUGGGUGUGUUGUUCACUCUCCAGUUGUGAGCCUAAACGGUUAAUAAUUGUCGUUACUAUUUAAUUACUUAAAUAUCGUGUGUGUGUGUGUGUGUGUGUGUGUGUUCUCUCCAAUCAGCCGCUGUUGUUUCAAUAAAAGCUUUUUGUAACAUUU